GACAAGGUUCCUCACCCUGAAGACAAGGUACCUCACACUGAGGACAAGGUUCCUCACGCUGAGGACAAGGUUCCUCACGCUGAGGACAAGGUUCCUCACGCUGAGGACAAGGUUCCUCACGCUGAGGACAAGGUUCCUCACGCUGAGGACAAGGUUCCUCACGCUGAGGACAAGGUACCUCACACUGAGGACAAGGUUCCUCAAACUGAGGACAGGUUCCUCAAGCUGAGGACAAGGCUCCUCACGCUGAGGACAAGGUUCCUCACGCUGAGGACAGGGUUCCUCACACUGAGGACAAGGUACCUCACACUGAGAACCAGGUCCCUCACACUGAGGACAAGAUUCCUCCCGCUGAGGGCAAGGUUCCUCACGCUGAGAACAUGGUACCUCACACUGAGGACAAGGUUCCUGAAGCUGAGGACACGGUACCUCACGCUGAGGACAAGGUACCUCACACGGGGGACAAGGUUCCUCACGCUUGGACAAGGUUCCUCAAGCUGAGGGCAAGGUUCCUCACGCUGAGAACAACGUACCUCAAAAUGAAGACAAGGUUCCUCGUGCUUAGGACAAGGUUCCUCAAGCUGAAGACAAGGUACCUCACACUGAGGACAAGGUACCUCACACUGAGGACAAGGUUCCUCACGCUGAGGACGGGGUUGGUCACGCUGAUGACAAGUUAGCUCACGCAGAGGACGAGGUUCCUCACACUGAGGACAAGGUUCCUCACGCUGAGAAAAAGGUUCCUCACGCAGAGGACAAGGUUCCUCACACUGAGGACAAGGUUCUUCAAGCUGAGGACAAGGUUCCUCACGCUGAGGACAAGGUUCCUCAGGCUGAGGACAAAGUUUCUCACGCUGAGGACAAGGUUCCUCACGGUGAGGACAAUGUUCGUCACGCUGAGGACAAGGAUCCUCACGCUCAAGACAAG